ACCCUAUAAACAGCUGAAGAUCCGCGUCCUCUCAAAGCAGGAUCACUCCGGUUCUACGAAUCCCUGCCAGGUCGCGCCGGGCGCAGGUCCCAUGGACACCCCCUCCCUGGUUCGCUUGGUAGCGCCCGCUUUGUCAGCGCGCUGCGCUCGCCGGUUACCCUCCAGCUCCAGCCGGCCCGCGGCAGACGGCGCCGCCACUUCACAGCAUCCGCAGCUUCGUUCGCGCCGUCUCGGGCUCGUCUGCCUGCGACCUUCCCCCGGGCCGCGGCUGGUAGAGAAGGAGCCCCGGAGCCUCUGCUCGGACAGCCCCAAGAGUCUGCUGGGCUCGCCCGCCUCGGCGGGGCCCGCAGGUCGGUGGGGCGCGCGAGGGGCCGCGGCGGUUUUGGCGGCGGCGCCCGGCAUGUAUCAGAGCCCGCGGCGGCUCUGCUCCGCCCUGCUGCAGAGGGACGCGCCCGGCCUGCGCCGCCCGCCCGGCCCGCCGCCGCCGCCGCGCCGCCUCUCGCCCACGGCCGCCCCGCGGCUCCCGUCCCCCCGGCUCCUGGCGGCGGCUUCGGCGGCCCGCGAGGUCGCGAGGUCGUGCUCCCGAACAGUGUAUCCCAUGGGAAACGGCACGAGCAGGCUCUACAGUGCUCUCGCCAAGACACUCAACAGCAGCGCAGCGUCCCAGCACCCGGAGUACCUGGUGGCCCCUGACCCAGAGCACCUGGAGCCCAUCGACCCCAAAGAGCUCCUGGAGGAAUGCAGGGCUGUCCUGCACACCCGGCCCCCGCGGUUCCAGAGGGACUUUGUGGCUCUGCCGGCCGAUUGCCCCAGUAGCCACCCUCCCAUUAGGGUCAUGCAGUGGAACAUCCUUGCCCAAGCUCUUGGAGAAGGCAAAGACAACUUUGUCCAGUGCCCUAUCGAAGCCCUCAAGUGGGAAGAAAGAAAGUGUCUGAUCCUGGAAGAGAUCCUCGCCUACCAGCCCGAUAUCCUGUGCCUCCAAGAGGUGGACCACUACUUCGACACCUUCCAGCCCCUCCUCAGUAGACUGGGCUAUCAGGGCACCUUCUUCCCCAAGCCCUGGUCGCCCUGUCUGGAUGUGGAGCACAACAAUGGACCCGACGGCUGUGCCUUGUUCUUCCUCCAAAACCGAUUCAAGCUGGUCAACAGUGCCAACAUCCGGCUGACGGCCAUGACGCUGAAGACCAACCAGGUGGCCAUUGCCCAGACCCUGGAGUGCAAGGAGUCCAGCCGCCAGUUCUGCAUCGCCGUCACCCACCUGAAGGCACGCACCGGCUGGGAGCGAUUUCGAUCAGCUCAAGGCUGCGACCUCCUCCAAAACCUGCAGGCCAUCACCCAAGGGGCCAAGAUUCCCCUGAUUGUUUGUGGAGACUUCAACGCAGAGCCCACAGAGGAGGUCUACAAGCACUUUGCUUCCUCCAGCCUCAAUCUGAACAGCGCCUACAAGCUGCUGAGCGCUGACGGGCAGUCGGAACCUCCGUACACGACCUGGAAGAUCCGGACCUCAGGCGAGUGCCGGCACACGCUCGAUUAUAUCUGGUACUCCAGGCAGGCGCUCAGCGUGCGGUCAGCCCUGGACCUGCUCACCGAGGAGCAGAUUGGACCCAACCGGCUACCGUCCUUCAAUUACCCUUCAGACCACCUGUCCCUAGUGUGUGACUUCAGCUUUAACGAGGAACCUUGAUGGACAUUUAUAAAUCCUUGUCUGUGUCUUUUUAAUCGCAGGAGUCUUAACCAGGGAUGUUUCAGGAAACUGAAAUAGAAACUGAGGAACGGUUCCCAGUUUCUUCCACUUCUUUGUUUCCAGCAUGCCCUUGGGAAGGAACCCCGUUAGCUCACAUUAAAACCUUUUCCAUUAAAACCUACAGCGAAAAAGGUUUUUGCACUCCAGUAUUGCUUUGCAUUGUUUUCUUUCCCUUAGGAUUAAUUAUAUGUUGAUCAUUUAAGGGCAUUAUAUUAGGCUUGUUUUGAAGCUUUUUCUGUUAGAGUAUACUAUAUUAAAAUAGUAGACUUGCUUGAGUCUCCUAUGAUUAACAAGUAUGCAGGAACAGUGUCUCUAGACAACAUUUCAAGUUAUUUAUUUGUGUUUUUUAAUAUCAAGUUAUGCAUGGCAAUAUUUAUUUUUUUAUAUCUUCAUGUAAAAUUAAAUUAUAACAUGAACAUGUUAAAACCAUGCAAAACAUAAGUUAUAGAGUAAUUUAUAGUAAUUUUCUUAAAGCUUUAAAGAUGUUUUUAUUGGAAUCUAAUAAAAUAGUGUACAAAGGAACUACUUAGCCUUGAGGGGUUUUUGUUAUUUAAGUGGAACUACCAGUUCUCCAUGAUCUGUUCUUCGUAAAUCUUUGCUAUGCCUCUGUGCUCUCCAUUAUUGUGUUUCUUGAAGAGGUUCCAUGGCUAGUCUUCAUCAGUCACUGUUACUCAUUUCCGGUAUUCCCUUGGAGUGCUCUUGGUAUUCAUUUGCAGUCACUCUGCAAAUUGUAUUGAAUGUGCUUUGCACAGUAGAUACAUUUAGGAGCUGUUAUGUGGUAGUGGACAGUAAGACCUUCUUUUCAGAGAUGGGAAACUAUUCCUGGUCUGCUCAUGAGGCUGUGGUUGAGAUAAGACAGCCAGGUAACUGGUUUUAAAAGAUCUAGAAAGCAGAAUAAAAAAAGUUAACCUGGAAUUCUCUCUCUACUCCGAAAUAAAGUGGUAAAGAUAAAAGGUGAAACUCCUUCCUAAUGAAAUCCCAGAAAACAGCCCCACUGAUUAAUAUAUUUUAACCCAUGAGUUGUAAAUAUUUAAGAUUAAUAAAUAGUCUUUUAAAGCUA